AUCGGUGCCUGGAAUAAAAGAAAACAUAUCUAAAACAUUUUGAGACACAGGACAACAGGAGCCAGAGGAAACAGUACACCAUGAAGAUCAUUUUGUGGAAAGUCGUGUGUGUUGUAUGCAUUCUAUUCCUUAAUGCUAGAGGUUCACUGUCUCAGCUCAGAGUUUGUGGUCAGGCUCCUCUGAACAACAAGAUUGUUGGUGGUCAAAAUGCUGCUCUUGGUUCCUGGCCUUGGCAGGUUAUUGUUCAGUCAGCAAACACCCUCUGUGGUGGUAGUCUGAUCAGUCAGAACUGGGUCUUAACAGCUGCUCACUGUUUGAAAAUGAAUGGAAUACCUUUUACUGCACGUCAAAUCACAGUCUCACGACGACUUGAAAAUGGGACUGUAAUGAAGACAAUAAAUGCUAUUAAAUUGAUCAUCCAUGAAGGCUAUAAUGAUGACACUCUGGUCAAUGACAUUGCACUAGUCCAGCUCUCCUCUUCAGUGCAGUUUAAUGAUUAUUUUCGUCCAGUGUGUCUUGCUGCAAGCACCAGUUCUUUUCCAACUGGUACCAAUGUCUGGGCCACAGGAUGGGGUAGAAUCAGUAAUAUUAAUUCGCAGCUCGCUCAAAAGCUGCAGGAGGUGAAGUUGCAGAUUGUCAGUAACAGUGACUGUGCACAAAAAUAUUCACAAUUUAUUAUCACAGACGGUAUGAUGUGUGCUAUCUCUCCUGUGAGUGGACAGGACACAUGCCAGGGUGAUUCUGGAGGUCCACUGGAGGUGAAAUUUAAUGGAAGCUGGAUUCAGGGUGGGAUUGUGAGCUUUACCUCUGCAAGAGGAUGUGCUUCCCCAUCUAUACCCAGUGGGUAUACCAGAGUGUCUCAGUACGAAGACUGGAUUAAUAGCAACACAGGCAACAAUCAACCAGAAUUUGUUGCAUUCUCCUUUGGCAGUUACAUCUCCCUCAACCUCUUCUGUCUUUUCCUUUCUUUCACCAUCAUCCCCUUCAUUCUCCCUUCCUUAUCCAUCUACUAGUGAUGUUAGUCAAAUUAAAGACACAGGCACCAAUCACAGAAGGUAAUCUAACAUAACACACAGACUUUACUUAAGCUUUACUUAAAUUUGUAACUUUAUUUUCUUCAAAGCUACAUUUUAAGGUACGGUUAUUUUCAUGUGAAAUGAAGAGACAAAACCUAUAAGCUUGUGUCUGAACACUAAAGUCUACAUAAAUAUUCAAAAGCAAAUUCAGGCAUAUUUGUUACAAAGAAUGUUUUAAUCAUGAGAAUUUCUAUAGUUUCAAAUUAAUUUCUGAUGAAUUCAUGUGUAAUAUACAGUCAUGUAAAAAACAAAAAAGGACAUCCUCCAUCAAUUCAAUGUUUUUAUUUAUCAGUUUUCUAACAUUUAAUGGCAACCCUAAAGUGUGAUAUUACCAUUUUUGAUGCUUUAAAUAAUUUGGUGAAUUUAUUUAUGGCUUUAUUCUGCCUGAUAUAUAACAGUGACAGCAUCAUGCAUCUUCAAACUCUUUUCCACUGGCGCCAUCAGCUGGAAGGUUGUGUGACUUUGUGGGAAAAGCAAUUUCUGAAAGAUGCCCCUUUUUUUUAUUUUUUCAUAUGACCUAGAAUAAGAUAGUCUCCAUUCGGAGUAUUUUAUCUCUCUAUAUUUCUUCCACAUAAACACCAUUCACUUCUGACUUGCUUCUUAUGGAAGUGAAUGCAAAUUAAAUAACUGUAAAUCUGCUUUGUGACAAUGUCCACUGUUGAAAUAGCUGAAUAAAAUUUUAUUGAGAUUCUUCAUUUUA